AUGGUGUUUGUGGGGGAGGAGGGGGGGCCUGGGAGCGUGCAGGCGGGAGCAGGCGGAGGGGGGGGAGAAGCGUGCAAAGCUGGCGGCUAUACCGGUGGCGGCUCGAGCUCGGCGGGCGCCGGUCGUUUCUUGCCCGGCUCCGAAGUCGUGCCCGCUGCCGGCUGCUGGGCUGCGGCGGCCGUCUACGUGAAGCCAAGCGUCGCAGGACGGGACAGAAACAAUAACGAUGUAAUAGAUGCACAGAAUACACCUAAAGCUCAGCAUAAGAACAAGCUCUGCGAACAUAAGCGGCGUCGCGGCGAGCGAGACCAAGCGGAAGAAGAGAAGCGAGCGCGAGCGAGCGAGGCGAGAGCGUGCAGCCUGGUGGCGUACCGCGCCGCGCGCCUGCGCCUUAAGGUGCGCCUGCAGGUGCAGGGGAGGGUGGAAAUAGCGGCAGGGGUCGCGGACGCAGCGGCCCUUGACGGCGUCCAUGCACACCGUGACACAGCCGUCGUCGUGAGCGACCACCGGCGGCGGCGGGUGCGCGAAGCGACACUCGGACUCGGCCCGCUUGCACGCGCCGCGCAGGAACUCCCGGCACACCUGCACCACCACACACCAGCCAUGUCGCGCCCUGCCGCCCGGCCGCUCGCGCCCCCCCGAUACACAUUACAACCCUUACUAAGUAACUACACCGGACCGCCAAUACUUUCAUUAUUACCCCUUGGCUUUUAA